GACGUUAUUUAUUUGUUACUAGCUUACAAAUGUUAUAAACUUGUUGUAAUUGUUGUAAUUAAAUUGUUAAAUAAAUAGAAUAUAAAUACACUUAUUCGUAUAGUCAUUCGUCCAUUCGUUUGUUGGUUGAGAGAGUAGGUAAAGUGACGUUGAUAAAUGAAAAAUCCUCAGACGCCAAAAAAUUAUUCCUUUAUCCAUUAUAGCUUCUCAUAAUUUAUUGUAAAUUAUUAUUCUUAUAAUAUUAUUUAAUUAUAAUAACUUAUUGUAAAUUAUUAUACUUAUAAUAUUAUUUAAUUACAACGCCCCGAUGUUCGCCAGCUAUGUCAGUUUAACGUCAAUUUAAUCUCUGAGGAAGAAAGAAACUAAGAGGGAUGGUUUCGCCAGGCACAGCGAUAAUCCUCUGCCUGACCUCCAUUCUUCUGGCCGCCCUCCUGUUGGUUUUCUUCAAAUUGUUCAGGGCCGUCUGCCUCAACCUGGGCAAGUCUUUUGCCCGUAAACGAGGGUACAACUCAGAUGAAGUCGUGCCUUAUAAGGGAGAGAUAACGCAGUACAGUUACCUACCUUAUCCGCAAAACGGACCGCCAUGGAUGACGUCAUUUCCGCCAUUUUUCCGAGCGUGGACCAGGGGCGAGAUAAGUCGGGACCCUCUGGAUUUUGAACUGGGGCUCGGGGAGAAGUUGUUUGGGGCGUUUGAAAAUUUUCAGGGCGUGCAGAUGAAAGAUGAUAACGACGAUAAUGCAAUGAAUAAUAAUGUGAAUAAUAAUAAUAUUAAUAAUAAUAAUAAUAAUAAGAUCGAUAAUAAUAAAAAUAAUAUCAAUAAUAAUAUUGAAUUGAAUGAGGUUAUCAAUGUCAGUAUCAUUAACGAGAAUGUUGAGAGUAACACCAAUAACAACAACAACAAAAAUAAUAAUAAUAGUAAUAACAAUAAUAAUAAUAACAACAAUAAUAAUGUUGUUAUUAGCAAUAAUGAUGAUAAUAUGUUGCGUUACCCUCUUGUUGAGAAUUGGAUCCUUGCAAAGAGCUCGCACUACCAAGCCUCCAUUCAUUACAACCAUCAACAGCAAUUGCAGCAACUUCAGCUACUACAACUACACCAGCAGCAACCGCAGCAGCAGCUAACACAACUACAGAGCGAAUGUUUGUUGCAGCAAUCAGCCCAACAACAGCAACAACAACAGAUUAUUUGUUGUGAUGAUAAUAAAAAUGAUAAUGACGUAAUUAAUAAUAUGAAUAAUAAUAAGAAAGACGAGGAGGAGGGGAACGAGAAGGAAGAUGCUGCUGCUGCUGAAAUGACGUCACUAACGUCUACUCCUGUUGUGUGUACUGGAUAUAAAAAGCUACACCCUACUAGGAAAAGUUCAUUCAGACAAUAUCAGCAGCAUCUUUGCGAAAACUUGAAUCAACAGCAUCAACAACAACAUCAACUGCAGCAUCAACGACAUCUGCAACAGCAACAUCAACUGCAACAUCAGCCACAACAACAUCUUAAGGUUUGCGAAUGUACUUCUCUGCUACCAAACAACGACGACAACAACAACAACAAGAUGAACAUUGACAACAACUGCCAAGAUGACAACAUCAUUAACAACAAAGACAACAACAACGUCAACAAUGCUGACGUCAUCAACAAUGACAUCAAUAUUCACAGUGGAAGAUUAUUCUGCGGUACUAAAACCAAACAGCCGCAGCUGCAGCAGCAACAGCAGCGACAUAAACGUAACCUAGCGACAGCAACAAUUACAACAAACAAUGACGUCAUCGUCAAAAUUUGCGAAUGCGUGAAAGAAGACGGCGAUGAGGAAAACAAAAAAAGCACAAACAACAACAACAACAACACUAAUAAUAAUAAUAAUUAUAAUAAUAAUAAUAAUAAGAAAAAGAAUUUGCUUGAUGACGAUUUAGUCGGAAGCUACUACGAUUACGAUUUUCAUAGACCGAUUCGCUGCUACAAGAAGCCGGCGCCGCUACCACCAGAGCCACAACAACAACAUCAACAACAACAUCAAAAACAUCAACAGCAAAAGAAGAGAGAUGCUAGAAAGGAGAGUUUAUCGACAAUAUCAUGGGCCACCUGUGACGAAUCUUACAUCUUGAAUGAGGAGAUUGUUCUGGUUACAAAUAAUGAGAUGAUGACGUUGAAAGGGAGAAAGGAUCUUGGGGCUGCAGAUGAUGAAAUGAUGAUGAAGGAGAAGAAGGAAGAAGAUGAUAAUGCUGCUGCCGCUGCAAAUGAUCAGAUGAUGAAAAAGAGAGAGAAUGACGAAAUGAUGAAGGUGAUAAAUGAUGAUGAAAAAAAUGACGAUUCAGCAGCUGCAAGUGAUAAAAUGAUGCCACAGAGUAAGAGCGUUGUUUUGCAGGCUGGUGAGAGUGAUGAGGAGAUGAUGGUGAAAAAGAUGAAAACUGAUGCGGUUGUUUUAGAAAAUAAGACGUCUAAAUGCUACAAAAAAGAAGGAGAUGUCGAUGAAGGUGACGAGAAGCUUUCGUUUGAGGUAUCUCAUUUCACGAAGGAGAAGUUAUAUCAAGCAUUUUGCAUACUUGAACAAGAAAAAUUGUCCCUGGAACCACAACAACAACAACAACAAUGCCAACAACAACCACAGCAGCAACAACAACAGCAACAACAGCCUCCAAUCGGCGCAACAACGCCACCAACUACGCAGCUAAACGAACAAAAAGAUUUCGGGAAGUUGAAACAUUUGGAAAAGAUGGAGAUGAGACGUCGCAUGCUACUGCUGAAGGAAGAGUUGGAAAAUGUCUAUUUGAAGACUGAUCUGAAAAUGGAGAUAUCAGAUUGCGAAAGACAACAACAGCAACAACAACAACAUCAUCAACAACAACAACAACCACAUUUACAAGAAGGCACGUCACAACAACAGCUGCCUGAAUGUAAAGAAAAAAAUAUCAGUGAAAACAACAACAAUAAUAAUGACUUCAAUGAAAAUAAUAACAACAACAACAAAAUGGCACCGAAUAAAUCAUUUUCAUCUUUCAAAUUGACUCGAAAGUUUGCCGACGUGUGGAUGAAGCUGACGAAAAGUGAACGAAAGAAGCGACAACGACAAACAGAUCAACAAAAGCAAGCGGAACAACAACAAUGUCAGGAACAACAACAAAAAGAAGAACCGCAACAAGAGCAGUGCAAACCACUUAUACCACCACCACCUCCUCCACCACCAUUACCACCGCUACCACAAAAACGCUGCCAACCACAACCACAACAUCAACAACAACAACCACAACUUCUAUGUGAGCAGCAACAACAGCAGCAGCAGCAACAACAACAUCACUGCAAGCCGUCACAACAAUUAUCUACUACUGCUUCAAACAACAAUCUCACCACCACCACCAACAACAACAUCGUUAUAAUCAACAACAACAACAACAACAACAAUUACAUUAACAAACAUUUCUACAUUACAAAAUCAGUCUCCGCUUAUAACUUGAAACAUCAGCAACAACAAUAUCGGCAACAUCACCAACGACACAAACUAUUUAGUUCUUGCAACUGCCUCGCACCAACGACAGCAACAACGGCAACUGCAACAACAACAACUACAACAACCGCAACUUCAACAACCGCAACUUCAACAACCGCAACUUCAACAACCACAAUUGCAACAACCACAACUUCAACAACCACAACUGCGACAACCACAACAACAAAAGUAAGGGCAUCAGUGACAUCAACAACAUCAUCAACAGCUGCCUGUUAUGAACAGGUUUCAACUACGACAGCUAUUGUGGCAAGUAAGAGUAUUUUGUCUUUGAUUGAACAACAGUCACAACAACAGCAAAGCCAACAACAACAAUGCCAACAACAACAAUGCCAACAACAACAAUGCCAACAGCAACAAUGCCAACAACAACAAUGCCAACAACAACACCAACCACAAUGCCAACAACAACAUCAACAACAACAACAACAACAAACUUGUGUUAACGUUGUUGUAGCGGCUACUGACGAUGUAAAAACUGGCGGCGAUGAUGACCUCAGAGAAACUGUAAUUAAAAUGGAGUUGGAAAAUUUUGAAAAGUUAAAAAUCGACAAAAUAAUUAUGGAAAAUUUUGAAGGUAAUAAUAUUAAAAAUAAUAACAACACCAAUAAUAAUAAUAAUAAUAAUAAUAAUAAUAACAACAACAACAAUAAUAACAAUAAUAAUAAUAAUAAAAAUAAUAAUGAUAAUAAUAAUGAUGACGCUGACGUUCUGAAAAAAUAUCCCAACGUCUGCGGCUGCCUCGAUCACAAGAUCAUCACUAAGACCGUCGACUAUGACGUCGUCGUAGAUCACGUGACUACUAACGACAACAACAACAACAACAACAAUAACAACAAUAAUAAUAAUGAUAAGAAUAAUAAUUGUAAUAAUAAUAAGAAUAAUAAUAGCGAUGAAUUUAGUAGCCUCGUCGACAAAAUCUUGAACUGCAGCGACGCUGAGCUAAACGAACACUGCUUCACGAACAACUUCGAAAUCGCCGGCGACGAGAAUGGUGACGUCAUCACGAACAACGAUGACGUCAUCGUCGACAGCGAUAAACACAUUAAUGACAUCAUCAAUGACAUCAAUGAGAAUAUUGAUGUCAUCAACAACCACAACUAUAACAAUAAUGAUAACAAUGGCGAUGCGGGUAUAGCCAGCCUCAAGAAUACUUUUAUCGCCAACAACGACAUUAAGGGAGACGAACAAACUACAACAACCAACCUUUCAGCAGUUACAUCAACAGCAGCAACAACUACAUUUACAAAAAUAUCAACAACAACGACAACAAAGCUUUCGACACUCUUCGAAACCACAGUAACACCAACAUCGGCAACGUCUUGCAAUGACGUCAACAAAGACAACAACAACAACAACAACAUAAAUGACUAUGAAAAUAAUAAUGACAACAACAACAACAAAAACAACAUUAAUGACAUUAAUAACAUCAACAACAUUUUAAUUUGUAACGAGAAGAUCUUUUAUGAUGCAGUCGAGUUGAAGACAAAAGAAAGUAACGAAGAAAUAAAUAACGGUAACAUUAGAAAAAACAACAAUAGCAUAAAACUUGACGAUGACAGCAACAUCAAUAGUUGUAAUGUAAACAACAACAACAAAAACAUCAACAAAGAUAACAACAGAGACAACAACAGAGACAACAACAAAGACAACAAAAACAUCUCUGACAUUAAUUGCCAAAACAACGUCAUUGACGACGACAACAACAACAUCAACAACAACAAUAUCAACGAUAGCAACAACAACAACACCUGCAACAACAACAAUGACAUCAACAACAUGUCGUCAACAAUCGAGCGUCUCUUCAACAAUCUGACGACAACUUCAGUUAUGACGUCAACACCAAUCAUCAACAGCAAUAUCAACAACAUCAACAAUUACAUCAACAACAACAAUCUCAACAACAUCACCAACAAUAACAAUGACAUCAACAACAACAACAGUUUUUACUUUAGAACGAUAUUGAGGUGUAACUCAGAUGAGAGUUUGAAUUUGUUAAGGGGUAACUUUAGGAACCACAACUAUUUAGAGUCUUUUCUACAGUUUGAAACGUCAUUUUUGGAUGUCAAAAGACAACAAAAAACUGAAAAUUUUGUCGUCACUGAAGCGACAUCAACAACAACAAAUAACAAUAACAAUAAUAAUAAUAAUAAUAAGUGUAGCAAUAACAUUAAAGAAAACAACAAUAACAAUAAUAAUAAUAACAACAUUAAUAAUAAUAAUGUUGGCGAUGAUGAUGAUACGAAUAAUAAUAAUAAUAAUAAUAAUAAUAAUAAUAAUAAUAAUAAUAAUAAUAAUAAUAAUAAUAAUAAUAAUGACAUGGCGAAGAGGAGAUCGUUCAUGCAGAAUUUCCUAUCAAAAGCCUAUCAGAGUAUCAACAGGAAAGUUACCAUGUUUAGAAGCACCCCGAAUAUCGCCCAGCCAAACGAACAACAUCAGCAGCAACAACAACAACAUCAACUGUUUCUAGAAGAGAAAGAGACGAAAGAAAAACUUUUCAAUGUCAAGGACUUCAUGACUGAAAAUAAAAGUGAAAGUGAUUACCAGCCAGACCGGAAAAUUGCUUUUCAAAUGGAGAAAGUCGUUCAUGAGAUUAAAACUAAGUUUCAUCAGGAGAAAAUUAUGGAAUAA